UUACUAUGAGUGGUGCCGUCCAAUUUCAACAUGGCGGGCUUUUGAAAUAUGAAAAGGUAUGAUGGCAGCUUCCAAGUACAGUGGCUGAUGAACUGUUCAAAACAUACCAGAUACUGCCAUGGCAGAGUCAUCAAGUACAGCAGAAAAGCCAUGUGUUGAUGUGUCCAUCAUCAUGCCCGUACACAAUGCUGCAGACUGGCUGCAGGAGUCUCUGCAGUCCGUGCUGCUGCAGACGUUUCAGGGCUGCAUGGAGCUGGUCAUCUUCAAUGAUGCCAGCAAGGACAAUUCCAUGGCCAUAAUCCAGGACUGGAGACAGAAGCUGGAGGCUGCAGGGAUAUUGAUGAAUGUAGGAGGACAUGACUCGGACACACCCAAGGGAGUUGGCUAUGCCAAAAACCAGGCCAUCCUCCAGAGUAGUGGAGCAUACCUGUGUUUCCUGGAUGCAGAUGACAUAAUGCACCCCAGGAGAGUGGAACUCCAGUAUGAGACAGCAGUGCAGCAGCAGUGUGCAAUAGUCGGCUGCCGUGUCCACCGAGAGCCCGACGGGUCCACAGACAGGUACACCAGGUGGAUCAACAACCUCUCACCUGAGCAGCUCACAACACAGAUCUACACCGCCAAUGGUCCAACCGUGAUCAUGCCCACCUGGUUCUGUGCCUGUUCGGUGUGGGACAAGGUUGGAGGUUUCAAUGAAGGAGGAAAGGGUGUACCUGAGGACCUGAUAUUCUUCCUGGAGCACCUGAGACUGGGAGGGCAGGUGAGACGUGUGGAUGAACACCUGCUCACCUACAGGUAUCACCCGCAGGCAGCGACAGCUUCUGUACACAGAGAAACGAUAUGGAACAUACAGCUAGCAGCACUGCAGGAGAGGGUUUUAGUCAACUGGAGCAACUUUACAAUAUGGAAUGCUGGGAAACAGGGGAGAAGAUUUUAUAGGGACCUGUCUCUAGAAAAUAAAGCUAAGGUAGCUGCAUUCUGCGAUGUUGAUGUUAAAAAGAUUGAGAAAGGCUUUUAUACAUAUGAGGAAUCAAAGGAUGUGCCAAAACCAAGAGUUCCCAUCAUACAUUUCAGAGAAGCCUCCCCACCUUUUAUAAUAUGUGUCAAACUGGACCUGACAGGAGGUGAGUUUGAGAAGAAUCUGGCCUCACUCAAUCUUCAAGAAGGAGUCGACUACUUCCUCUUUAGCUGAUUCUAGCUCACAGUGAACAACUUUUAGAAAUUCCCUGCAUGGACUGCACAGGAAUUAGUUUUGGAACUAAACCUGGGAUUGUUUUGGUACUAAAAAUGGUCUUGUUUUAGAACUAAAAAUGGACACAUGCUUGUUCUCUUGUAAAAACAUUUAAUUUAAUACAUCUUUGUAGAAUCAUUGA